CCUAGAGCGUGUGGGUUUUUAGAAUUUCUUAGAAUUUCUCGGAGGUAAAGGUGCCCUGGAUCUUGCUGCACUUGAACCCUAGUUAAGUCCAGGUGACUGAGCUGCUGUGGAAUAUCUAGAGUUAAAACGUUGUCUUACAAAAUGGUAGAGGAUGAGCUGGCACUGUUGGAUAAAAACAUAAAUGAAUUUUGGAAUAAAUUCAAAAGCAAUGUCAACGACACCUCCUGUCAGAUGGUGGGACUAAGAGAUACCUACAAGGACAUCAAUAAAGCAUUUACAGAAAAGCUGUCUGUGAAAUUGAAGGAAGAAGAGCGAAUGGUUCAGAUGUAUCUAGAAUAUCAAAAUCAGAUCUGCAGGCAGAAUAAGCUUAUUCAAGAAAAAAAAGAUAAAUUGUUAAAGUUGAUUGGUGAAGUAAAUGGCAAAAAGCAGGAUUUGGAAGUACUGACUACAAAUAUCCAGGAUCUUAAGGAAGAGUAUGCUAGGAAGAAGGAAACUAUUUCCACUGCUAAAAAAACGAGUGAAGAGAGGUUGCAAAGGUUACAGAAGUCUGUAGACAUAUUUAAAGAUCGACUUGGACUAGAAAUUCGAAAAAUUUAUGGUGAUAAGUUGCAGUUUAUAUUCACUAAUAUUGACCCUAAGCAUCCCGAUAGCCCAUAUAUGUUUUGCCUGCACCUAAAUGAAGCAAGGGACUAUGAAGUGUCAGAUAGUGCUCCUCAUCUUGAAUGCCUAGCGGAAUUUCAAGAGAAUCUAAGGAAGACCAAAAAUUUUUCAGCCUUUCUUGCCAAUGUUCGAAAAGCUUUUAGUAAUAUGGUUUAUAGUUAAUGUAUAAAUAGUACAUAAAAUAAAAACUUUA